AAUUCAAGCCUUGAGAUAUUUCCCUUUUGAGGUUUGAUUAGUGUGGCCUAGUUAAUUUGUUUUCUCGAUGAGAAUGAGAAAGCAAUCCACUAUGCAAUGCGCACUUUUUCGCUUCUGGGUUCCCUUGUUACUACUUGCCAGCUUCAGUUAUGCUCCUUCUGUUUUGGCCACAACUGAAAUUUCAGGGAAUCAAGUGAACAUGGAUGGGAAGGUUGUAAAUGAAGAGUUAGGAAAACCUAAUCUAAAAGGACAAGAUGAAGAAGAAAAAUUCAAAGGACUUUUUCCAAAACCAAUUCCAAUUGUUAAACCUUUUCCAAAGCUCAUUCCUACAAUUAAACCUAUUCCAAAGCCAAUUCCGGUUGUUAAACCAAUUCCUAUUCCACUUUAUAAGCCUUUUCCAAAAUCAAUUCCUAUUGUUAAGCCUAUUCCAAAGCCAAUCCCAAAUGGUAAGCCAAUUCCAACUGAAGAAGCAAAAUUCAAAGGUUUUUUUCCAAAACCUAUUCCCAUAGUUAAGCCAAUUCCAGUUGCCAAGCCAAUUCCUAUUGUUAAGCCUUUUCCAAAGCUCAUUCCUAUAAUUAAACCUAUUCCAAAGCCAAUUCCGAUUGUUAAACCAAUUCCUAUUCCAGUUUAUAAGCCUAUUCCAAAAUCAAUUCCUAUUGUUAAGCCUAUUCCAAAUGGUAAGCCAAUUCCAACUGAAGAAGCAAAAUUCAAAGGGUUUUUUCCAAAACCUAUUCCCAUAGUUAAGCCAAUUCCAGUUGCCAAGUCAAUUCCUAUUGUUAAGCCUAUCCCUAUCACAGUAUAUAAGCCUAUUACAAAAUCAUUUCCCACUGUUAAGCCUAUACCAAAGCCAAUUCCCAUUUUAAAGCCAAUUCCAAAGCCAAUUUCCAUUGUUAAGCCUAUAUCAAAACCAUUUAUAGUGCAAAAACCCAUCCCUGCUGUUGAGCCAGAGAAAUUUUUAAAACCAAAGCCUUUCUUCAAAAAGCCUCUUCCAAAAUUUCCUCUUAAUCCCAAAUUUAAGAAACCACUUCUACCACCAUUUCCAAUUCACAAGGCAAUUCCAACUCCAUAAAAUGAUAACACUCUAGGUCUACAAGCAAUAAAGUCAUUCCUUCCAUUUCUAAUACCUUAUUAUAUGUAGUUUUCCCACACCUCAACCUCAAUCAUGAUUUAGAUAAUAAUCCUUCUGUACCCCUCUUGUGUACUGGAUUGGAAUAUAUGUAGUUAAUGUGUUCUCCUUAAUGAAGAUUUCAAUAUUAGUUUUUAUAAGAUUGAUUAUAUUAUAAGUA